GGCUUAGCCGUUCAUUUCCUGUAGCUUGUGGCGAUAGGUUUGUGUUCCUCCAUCCUGGUAUUUAGCGUCUCCAUCCUGGUCUCUCCGAAGUGCCCGGACUUAAAACAGGAAAUUGAGUAUGAACACAAUUGAGGAUGAGCCUGGUACAGUGACUUUGGAAACAGUAAACUCUGUUACAUUAACUCAAGACACAGACGGGAACAUUAUCCUUCACUGCCCUCAAAAUGCAGAUGCUGAAGAACUGGGAUCGGAUGAAUGUUUAGACCCGGCUCACAAGAGACUGCGAUUAUCGACUGAAGAUGACACAUCAAGGAUUUCUGUUGUCACACUCCCAAUUUCAGAAAAUGAUGAUAGUUUUGAGGUGACCAUGACUGCCACCACAGAGAUGACAGAAAAUGAAAUCGGUGAAGGGGCUGUUGCACAGAUUCAGAUUAUCCAGAAUGAUGGGUCCUUAUCUCCCAACACCACUGAUGAUGUGUCCCCAGUUAGCCAAGCUUGGUUUACAACAAAGGAAGAUAAAGAUUCCUUAGUCAACAAAGGUCACAAGUGGAAGCAGGGAAUGUGGUCCAAAGAAGAAAUAGACAUCCUUAUGAGCAAUAUUGAUUGUUACUUAAAGAAUCGUGGGAUCCAGGACCCGACAGAGAUUAUCUUUGAAAUGUCUAAGGAUGAGAGAAAGGAUUUCUACAGGAGUAUUGCAUGGGGCCUCAACCGCCCCCUGUUUGCUGUUUACAGAAGGGUCCUCCGCAUGUAUGACAACAGGAACCAUGUUGGAAAGUACACCCCUGAAGAAAUUGACAAGCUAAAAGAACUUAGAGAGAAGCAUGGCAACGAUUGGGCUACCAUUGGCGCAGCACUGGGAAGAAGUGCAUCCUCUGUGAAGGACAGGUGUAGGCUAAUGAAAGAUACCUGCAAUACAGGGAAAUGGACAGAAGAAGAGGAGCGGAGGCUAGCUGAGGUGGUGCAUGAACUCACGGGUACAGAGCCUGGUCACACAGUCACCCAGGGGGUAUCCUGGGCCUCUGUUGCUGAGCUGGUGGGCACCCGCUCCGAGAAGCAGUGCCGGUCCAAGUGGCUCAACUACCUCAACUGGAAACAGAGUGGUGGCACAGAGUGGACAAAGGAAGACGACAAUAAUCUGAUCAAACGAAUUGCAGAACUGGAGGUGGAUGAUGAGAAUGAUAUCAACUGGGACAUCAUGGCUGGGGGCUGGAGCAGCGUCCGCUCUCCACAGUGGUUAAGAAGUAAAUGGUGGACCAUCAAAAGACAAGUGACCAACCACAAAGAUCUUGCCUUCUCCUUGCUCCUGAAAGGUCUCCAGGAUCUGAUUGAAAACCAGUUGCCAGAUAAUAAGUUUGGUGUGGGGCCCAGGACUGGCUGCAGCUCCCCCUCUACGGUUCAACAAGUUCAGAUAAGAGUUGCUCGACUGGAAGAGACCAGCAUUGCCUCUCAAAACCCAAUGACAGCUCUGCAGAUACCUGUGCAGAUCACGCAUGUCUCCUCUAAUGAUUCAUCUACUGCUGCCACUGACACAGAUACAAUGACUCUAAAUUCUGGGACACUACAGACAUUUGAAAUCCUACCUUCAUUCCACCUGCAGCCUACGGGAACCCCAGGCACUUAUUUCAUCCAAACGGGGUCAAACCAAGGUCUUCCUUUAACACUGUCGACUAGUCCAACAGUUACACUGACAACAGCAGCAUCACCAUCGUCUCCAGAUCAGAUCAUUGUACAUGCACUGUCUCCAGAUAAUUUGCUUAACUCAAGCGACAAUGUUACUGUCCAGAUGUCCCACCCCAGUGUCAUUAUCCGUGCUGUAGCUUCAGACGAUAUUGGUUCUCCUGGAACCCAGACAGAUUUGACUGUGGACCACCCUGACUUGACUGACCCCCAACAAACACUAGAAGUGGAUUCCUUCAGCAGUGACAUCCACCAGGACAAGUUAGAUGAAGAUCAAGACAGCCCCCCUACAGACCUUGGAAAUGGGUCAGAGCUCAGAUGUGCCAAUCAAAGAAAAUUUCUGUAUAGCACUACAGCGGAACCAGAGACUGGUCUCGAACAGGAAGAGGAAGUGCAAACAGAGCUGACUGGGACGUACACAGAUGAGGCUCUUGGAUCUCCAACUAUGGAAGAGCAAGUUGGUGAAUCAACAAUAGCAGAAGGAACUGUUCUUAUUGUUCCAUCCACUGAUGGAUUUAUGCAGACAACUGAUCUCGACAAUGACUCUGUCUUACCCUUGACAACACUAACAGAUCCUAUACUAGAACAUCAGGGAGAAGUCUUAGACAUUAAUUCAUCACUCGACAGUCCUGAUCCAGAGGACUCGAAGGAUUUGUUGACUGUCGCUAAGUUAAAUCACUAGUGUAGCUUAAGAUCUGUACUUCCUUACAUUAGGUGGUUUCAGUAGUUCUUGACCAGCCUAGUAAUUUAGUGUUAAAAGCUUAGCUUAGCUUUGUUUUUUGUUACACUGAGGGGUUUAGAAGGGUGGAGGGAGAAUAAAAAAAUACUUUCCAGUGUAAAACUUAAAGUAACAGUUAUCUAAGGAUGAAAGACUUAUAUCUUGUUUCCUCAAAGACUAUUUCUACAGUGUCUUAUGAAACAUAAGUAAUGCAAUGUCAUUUGUACAGCCAUUCUUUUUGCUCUGUGCUCUUCACCAGAAGAUUUUGGGUCAUGUCGCAUCUAAAAGCUAUUCAGGUUUGAAUCCUGAUUGAGUAACAUGAUGUUGUUAUUAUUGACAAGAGCUGCUAUGUUUAUUUAUUGCUUUAUCUGUCCAGUUUUCAUGGAGUAAAAAUACCUCAGUGUGCACUUUUUUUUUUAACCAGGUGUACUCCUAUGUACAUCUAACUUUUUAUUCAUACAGGUUCGCUUUUUAAGUCACAUUACUUGUCCUUUUGUAAUAUUAAAAAUAGAAGAUGAUAUUCCACGUAGCAAACAUGCUGAUUAUUUCAGUUAACAUUUGAUUUUUAAACAUAUAUACUAAGCUUCUUAGAAAUUUUAAAGUCACAACAGAACAGGGAAAUAAUACAGGCUACUAGUAUGUAUUUCUUUUUUGCAUCAUGUCAAAUUGAUUUUCUGUUUCGUGUAGAAACAGUAAAUUGAUAGCAGGAGCACAUGAAUCAAUAUUUAUUAUUAUUUGUAUAUUACAUUUUUUAAACAGGAUUCUGAUCCAAGUGUAGUUGGAAAUACUAGAUUAAGUUAAUUGUAUAUAAUUGUUUUUUUUCAUUACUCAAUGUGUUUGAAUGGGUUACAAAUUAUAUAUAUAUAGUAAAUAGCAUAGUCCAAAAGUACUGUGCCCCUGUUUAAUAUGUUUUAUCAGGGAUCCAAAUCUUGCACCAAUCCUGUGACUUAGUUACAGGAUUUUACUGCCAGUCAGCUACAUCCAAAUGCCCAAUUUGAGUCGAGUAGCUCUUUAUUUACAAGCAAAAUGUCUCAUUUUUAUGUAUUUAGUGUUUAUUUAUUAAACAAGACUUUGCAAAACUGAA